UACUAAGGAGACAGGUGUCUGAACAUAGUGUUUCCUCAUUCCUGAGAAAUAAAGAUUUCCUCAUUCAAGGGAAAACCUUUUCAUCUAUAGUGUGUGAAUUAUAUAUUAAAGGGCCAGUAAAGCCUCUUUCAUUUCCUCUUAUGGAAAACGACUGCUCCUCCCUGGUCCCACAUUCAGCUGCAUUAUGAAAUAUAAAUUAGACCCCUGGGGGCAGAACUACCAGGGCUGUGAGACUGCACCCGGGCCUGCACCCCCAUGAGGUUAUCUGGACACUUGCACCAAUGAGAAUUAGAUGCGGGUGGGGGACCUGGCUGCUCUGCCUGCACCUGGACCUGAUAGUUACAUUAUUAUUAGAGCCUAUGACAGCUAGAAAAUGGCUGUACAGACAAAUAAAUAACAGACACCACUUAUAGAUCCCAAUGCCAGGCUCAGACAGUUUCUGGGAAAUACCAGAGGGGCUGCUGUAAGACGCCAUAGACAGUCACUAUUUAUUGGGCACGCAGGGACUGUUUGGGCCCGGUUUUUUUGAAAUGCCAAGUUUCAGUCCCGGCCUGGAUUACAUGAUCAGACAAUGUAAAAUUUUAUUUUAAACUCAUGGAAGAUACAGAAUAGCCUUACGCUUUUUGUGCGCACAGCAGCAGUUAAUGACAGAAGCCAGUGCUAUCAAUCUAAAUAAACUGCUUAGGGCACAUGGGGUAUUUUCUCUAACAGGUAUUUGAGUCGUCGGGUGGAGAAACUCCCUUGCCACCUCCCUUCAAUGAGGACUGCUAGUACUGGCCCGUUCUCAGCCUGAAAACACCGGGACAGAAAAUGAAUGACCUAUGUGCCUUUAGCCUAACACAAUUUUAGGAUUUUAAGAGCAAAAACAAGCUGCAAAUUCCUGUUUGAUUAGGAUAAAUCAUUAACUUGCUGCACCGUAACAUGGAUAGUGAGGAUAAAAAGCUUAAACUUUGCUUGGUUAGGGCACAGAACAGAGGGACUGAAUUGUUUAAGCACAACAUGGAUUGGUCAGAGGACUCCAGACCAGAAGUCAGGGACAAAAACAGAUUUACAGCUACCAAAGACAAGACAUAUGUUUAUCUGCUUUCUGCCUUUUGCAUAGAAUUAAUCCCAGCAGAGAAGCUCCCUGAAUACUACAAGCCUUGGAUGACCAUUGCUGGAGAUCUGUGCAACCUCAUCAAGAAUAAACAGAUUCGGGAAGCAGUCAGACAGAUGCCAGAGCUGUCCCUAAAGUACCUCUCAGGGCACAGAGAGCAGCGCCUCGCCCGUCUGAUUCUGGGUCACAUUGUCAUGGGCUACGUGUGGCAAGAUGGAGAGCAAGGGGCUGUAAAGGUUCUGCCCCGGUGCCUGGCUGUGCCCUACUUCACUCUGUCAGAAGUGCUUGGCAUGCCACCCAUCUUGGUCCAUGCUGAUCUCGUGUUGGCCAACUGGCGGCGUAAAAACCCUCAUGGACCUCUGACCAUGGAGAACCUGACAACCAUAGUGUCCUUGCCAGGAGGGGACAGUCUGCAGGGCUUUGCGCUAGUAACGCUGAUGGUGGAGGUCGCUGCUAUCCCAGGGGUGCAGGCCGUUUGUCAGGCAGUGAAUUCGCUAGUCUGUCAGGAUGAGCCGAGGCUUCUGCAAGCACUGAAGGAUCUGACUGAAUCCAUCAACAGGAUGAGCGAUGCUCUGAAACUCAUGCACGAUUAUGUGGAUUCUGACAUAUUUUACAACACAAUUCGCCUAUUUCUGUCCGGGUGGAAGGACAACCCGUCCAUGCCAGAGGGGCUGCUAUAUGAAGGGGUAGCAGAAACCCCGUUCUCUUUCUCAGGAGGCAGUGCGGCACAGAGUUCUGUAUUUCAGGCCUUUGAUGAACUGUUGGGAAUUAAGCACAGAUCAGACAGCGCCGACUUCCUACUGCGGAUGCGAGAGUACAUGCCCCCGGCACACCGCCACUUUGUAGAGAGGAUUGGCAAGGCACCUUCUCUCCCGGGAUACGUUCAAGAAAGCGGGGACCCUGAACUCCUCUCUGCCUUUAAUGAAUGCGUCUUGUCCCUCACAGACUUCCGCUCCCUCCAUAUUCGCAUAGUCUGCAAGUAUGUGAGCGCAGCAGGAAACCGCUCCAAGAUGUUAGGAAAGAUGGAGCAACAUUUACAUGAGAGGGGCACAGGAGGGUCCAACAUCAUGUCCUUUCUAAAGAAUGUCAGGGGCACCUGCAAGGAGGGUGUUCUGAAUAAUGACACACAAGAGGACUGCUGACACCAUGAUUCCAAAAUCCAUGCACAUUUGUAGGAUCUAUUAUCCAUAAUUACAUGAUCCAGAAAGCUCUGAAAAAAAUGUAUAUGGCAUUUCCCCAUGAUUUCCUAUUUAAACAAACAAUUCCUCAUUGUUGACUGAUUCUCUAUUUAGCAUACAUCCAUGCCAAUGGCAAAAUCAUUUUGCUGUUUUUUUAUAGUGAUGCACCGAAUCUACUUUUUUGCAUCUGAUCAACAAAUCUUCAACAAAGGAUUCAGCCGAAUCCUGAACUGUAUCCAAAUCCUAGUUUGCAUAUGGCAAUUUGUGAAGACCUAGGGGGAAAGCUGCACACCGAAUAAAAGAUGACACUUUCUAUA